AUGGCAGGCAAGCGGAAGCGCGGCGACGCCUUCUCGGCGCACGAGAAGCUGGUGCACAAGAGCUGCUCGCUGCUGCAGCGCGAGGCCAAGAAGGUGCGCACGUUCCUGGUGCGCAAGGCGGUGCAGCAGCUGAAGCAGCUGCGUCUGCAGCUCGAGGAGCCCGUGGCGGACGAGGCCAAGCGCCAGAAGCGCGAGCAGAAGCUGCGCCACAGCAUCGAGCGCUUCGAGCGCGAGCACGCAGCGCUCAAGACGCUGGAUCUGCAGAAGCUUGUGGCCAGGGCGCGCGUGCAGACGGGGCUGGACAAGCCGCAGCCCGAGGUCUCAGAGGAGAACGAGCACGAGCAUGAGCACGAGGAGGCACAGGACUGGGACGAGGAAGGCAGCGACAGUGACAUCGAGCAGGACAGCGAAGACGAGCAGGACUCUGAGCAAGAGGAGAAGCAGGAACAGGAUCAACCGGAGACGGUGAGCGAGAAGGAGCCUGAGGCUGCUGCUGCUGAGGAGGAGGAUGGAGAAACACAGCAGGAUACCUCUAAGGAGGAGGCCGAGAAGAAGGCUGAGGAGGAAGCCAAACAGGAUGCGGCGACUAAGCAGGGUGAAGAGUUGGAGAACAGGUUGUUGGACCGCGUGCUGGCUCACAAGCAGAUUGUGCCGCUGCUGGAUGCGAUCAAGAAGUUGGUGGAGAAGGAGGAGAAGGAGGCGGAGAAGAAGUGCCGCGCGCAGGAGAAGCGUGCGUUGAAGCGCGGCCGCCACGAGUCCUUGGUAGGCAACACGGGACGCAGCGGCGUGGUGCCAACGUCGCUUUUCCUCGGCUCUCUGUCGGGUCGUGGAGGCAAUGACGACUUGGAUAUGGGCAUGGACGAGUACGGUACGAUGGCUGGCGCGGACGACGACAUCGCCGAGUUCCUGGGCGAAAAGAAGAAGAAGAACCGUCCCGGUCAGAUGGCGCGACGCAUGAAGGCCAUCCGCAAGGAGGAGGCGCUUAAGCGCAAGGAGGACCGUGCGAAGGGUAUCUUCGUUCCGUACAAGGACAACUCGGCGUCGGUGGGCAAGUACGGACUAUCCGAGCGACCGAAGAAGGCCAAGCCUAAGGCUAAGCCGGGCAAGCAGGCAGACAAGAAGGCGUCGCGUGGCGGGGACUCGCGUGCGAAAUCGAAGGACGCGGCUCCUCAGAAGCAGCGUGCUGCCCCAGCACCUGCUGCACCGGUGGAGGCUGCACACCCGUCGUGGCUGGCGAAGCAGAAGCAAAAGGAGAAGGAAAAGGUCAGCUUGACUGCCUUCAGUGGCAAGAAGAUCACGUUCGACUAG